AAAAUAAAAAAAACAUUUUUAAACAACGGAAAGGUUUUACGUAAAGCAAAGUUACUUUUAAACCGUUUAUAUUUAAAAAAUUUGCAAUAUAGCAAAAUAUUGUUUAUUAUAUUAGCAAUUACGAAUUUAUUUUCGAAAACGAAAAAAAACGCUACGCAAAUGCAUUACCCAAAUAUUAAGCGAUUAAAAAGCUUGCGGGAAAUACCGUUAUUAAACAAAAAAAUUACAAAUUGUUUAAAACGUUUCGGAUUUGUUAAAAUUUGGUAA